UGCGUUUGCUUUAUUUAUUUAGUUUUUUUUAUUACGAAAAUCUAAAAUUCUUAAAUUAAAAAGAUAAAUAUAUGGGCAAGUAUUUAUUACCAAUUUGUUUUUUACAAGAAUUAGACUAGUAACAUCUCUAAAAAUUUAAACAACUCUCUGUAUAUUGUAAAGAAAGAAAAAGGAAUGUAAAUAUUUACAUACUUCGGUGUUUAAUGAAAUGUGAGGAAAAUAUUCAAAAUUACUAUCCAAAAAACAUUGUGCUAACAAAACAUAAGAUCAGAAAUGUGGUAAUUCAGUGUUUACUAUUACAAAUGGUGUGUAAGAGAUUACAUUCAACUAUAUAUGAAUCAUCAGGCCUGGAAUCUUGUCUAGACAGAACAUGAAAUUUGUAUUCUGUUCUCAGUAUGACAAUUUACAUAUAGCAGCAUAUAAUAUAUACUCUAGAUACCACCACUAGAAUCUAAACAAUAUUGUUAUUAAUAUAUCUUUGAUAGUGCAUAAAUGUGGGUAAUUUAUGACUGGAAUGUAAAUUCUUGGAAUGAACCUGUUACAGAAGUAUUGCGACUGAGACGGUUAACACUUUGUAUCAGGUGGGCCAUUAGCUUGUUUGCCGGUCUUGGUCGAAUAAAAAAAAAUGCCGCAACGAGGACGCCGUAUUGUUUUCAAUUAUGAUUCAGCUAGAAAGAACUAUUUGCAAAGAAUAAGAAUUUUUUAUAAAAACAACAGUGUUAGUAGAAAAGAUAGAAGCUCAUUGGAUCAUGUAAUAAAAGAUAUACUAUCUGAAGGUCAACACAGUAAGUUCGCCAAGAAAUAUGAAGUUGUAAAGGAGAAUGGCAAAAAGAUUUUAAUAUUGCGCAGGACUGAGAAAUCAAGAGGGAUUAUUCAAGUAAUACCACCAGAAGAAUGUUUUGAUAUACUAGUGGAUGUGCACAGAAUCACUGGCCACUGUUAUAGUAAUAUGAUGAAGGUCAUAAACAAAUAUUACAGCAUACCUAGUUUUUGUGUCAACCUUUUCUUCAGAGAAGUGAUAAAAUCAAUUUCCACAAAUGAUAGUUUAAAUAAUAAAGAUAACAAAGACCACACCCAAGUAGAAAUUAUUGAUAUGAGCAAAGAACCUGAUGGUAAAUUUACAAAGAUUCUCUUGUAUCACAAUAAAAGGACAGACUUCAUUGUGUUGAAACCUAUUAUGAAUAAUGACCCUAACGAAGUAGCAUUGGAGUUAUUGAAUAUAUUCCUAGAUUUUGGUACGCCCGCUAAAUUGUUCUUGUUAAGGGUAUCAUUUCUGUUUUUCAAUGAAGUAUUAGAUGUAUUGAAACAAAUAUCUCCUAAUUUUGAACAUUUGGUUGUUGAGACAACCCGACAUUACAAUAUGAAAUUCCAAACACUUAUUACUAAGAGCCUCGACAUUUGGAUGACGACGUGUGGCAGCAAGAAUUGGUCAAUUGCAUGUCACGUAUUGCAAUGGAAAUUAAACACUAGAAAAUUAAAUGAUGAAGGGAAAACACCUUAUACGAAUAUGUUUGGGCCGUGGCCGUCAAAAUGUGAACUCGUUGAGAAAGAUAGUUCUCAAUUUACAGAUAAUAUUAUAGAGAAGUUUCGUUCAGAAAAGGAUCCCGGUGUAAUCAAUGUUGAUCCAGAUGACGAAAUUAAUAAAAACUUAGAUACUAAUGACACUGUAAUGGAGAUAGAUGAUGAUUCUAAUUCAGACGCGUCUAAUGAAAAUGUUAAUAUUGAUGAUAAUGAUAAAGAAGAAAUGGUCAGUCUUGAUGAAAUUAAUACAGAUAACAUAUCACAGAGUGAUGAUGUCGAUCCGCUUGGUGCAACGUUAGAACCAGUGCCGUCUACGUCGAAACAAGCAGACGAUAAUACUGAUUCGUGUUGCUUAUGUAAAAAGCGAAUACUUAUUGCGCACGAGUGCGGACAGUGCAAGAAACCUUUACACAGAUCGUGUGGUAAAACAGUGUCAGCUGACGAUUCUGUUUUAAUCAGUUGUGAAGAAGAUGAAGAAUAAGCCUUAUAUUCUAUAGAACACGACCUUUUUUUGAAAGCUUUUCAUUUUCACAUUUCGAAAUGUUUUCAUAUGUUCCUUAAGAUACCUAAUUUAGUUUACGUUUAAGUUACACGAUAAUUAAAUUAAUUUACAUUUGAUUUCAUGACUACUUUGUUUACUAGGUACCUAUCGGAUUUUUUUAUGAAUGUACCUAGAAUGUUAAGUAUGGAAGAUUGGAGUGGAGACUUCUAAUAAUUCAAAUUAAGUCAGGCUUCGACUGAGGACAUAUAUAUGUAUUUCUUUUGUUUAAAAUGUAUCAAGAACAAAAAUAUGACUUGGUGUACAGUAAGCAGAUUUAGGAUGAGUAUUUUGUAAGUUCAUAAUUGUUAUGUUUUUGUUAGUAGUCGCAUCCAAAAUUGUUUAGUGCAUUGUAACUAAAUAUAUAGGAGGGAGAAGGGAUUGUUAGUGAUGUGGAUUAUCAGUUCCAUUGCUAAUAAUAUACCCUAACAGGUCGACCUCCUCCUGGUCUCCCCUGGAAACUAUCGUGCUGAAUUCCAAGUGUAUUCAUCAGGAUGGGCUAACUGACCUGCCUUUUCAUCCUCACCUAUCAUCUAUCAAUGGUGCCCCGCCAGCGUAUAUCGUUAGCGCAGCCGGGGUUACCAUUCCAUUAUCAUCCAUUAAAAAAAAAAAAAAAAAACUGAGUAUAUAGGUACACUUGGUUUCGAAAAAAUUCAAGACUGAUUAACUUGUAAAUACUAUUUAUUGUAAAUAUCAUCUGUCUUUAACAUAUAUAAACUUUAUACGAAUAAAGCUAUAUAAAAUUAUAA